UUGGCCAUUGGAGAAGUUUUAAAAAAGCACUUCAUAACAUCUUGUUGUCUUUUGAGUAAGAUUAAGUACUGCUUAGAAGUGGUUAUGUUAAAGUCCUGAGUGGCAAUUUUGGGAAGGCAGACAAACAUGAUUUUUAAAGGAUGCUAUUUCUUCCAAAUCUCUAUGAGACUGAAAUGAGUGAGGUGAAGGACAUGCCCUAAAAUAACCAUAGCAAUGUGUUGAGAACCUGGUACCUGACAGAACUGAAAUGGAGAGCCAAGAAAACCAAAUGAGUUGUCAAGAAAAUAGAUUAUGUCCAGGUUCUUGAGCAUAAAGGAGUCCAGGGGUGGGUGUUCACAGACUAAAACAGCACCGUUAAACAUGGUGGUUUCAGUCCUUUCACAAUUUAAAUCCUUUGUAACACCCUUUUGUGAUACAUUGCUUGUUGGCUGAAUAUUCCUGGGAUGCACGGAGUGCUUCCGUGGAACACCAGUCCACUGCAUUUUGUGGUUAUACUUCAUGCAGUGAUGGGCACCCUAGGGAAGGCAGCUGUGCUUUGUCUGUUCACUCUGUAGUUGCCAACUUCAACUUAGCUGGAGAAAAUAAUGGGAUCUUUCCGUUCAUGGCACCCUCGGUGAUGUAUGAAAGGCAGUAACAGCAGUUCCCAGGGAUAAUUGCAACCCUGCCUGCCUGUCUCCUGCUGCUUUAGGAGCUGAGUUUGUUCCCCAGUUUGUGGUGAUUACUGAAGGAGUUUGCAUGUGAGAGGGACAAGUGGGCUGUUACAAACAGGGAUAACUGAGGCUCAAAUGCUUCCUUAGACGAGAAUGAGAAAAACACAGUUUGGAAACAGAGUGCAAUUUGACAGGAGGCUUUCUGGGAUUAGAGUGUGCUUGAAAAAGACAAUGGGCAUUGAUUUCAUAGGCUGUGCUGUCUCUUUUCAGAUUGACUAGGGGUUUUAACUUGAUAGAGGUGUGUGUGUCUUUAUACAAUACCAUUUUCACUUUUCAAAAGAGAGGUGGAGAAGAACGGUAGUUAGAAAGACAGUGAUUGACAACUUGCUUUUAGAAUUUGAGGGAAUGAAAGUACAGUCCCCUCAAAUUGCACUUACCUGUUAGCAGCAACUUGGGAAUCUGUUCUCAGCAUGAGUGUUAUAUGUAUAACCAUUAGACUUAGUGGCUAGACUGCAAAUUAGGUCUCCCAGCUGUGCUAUAACUGUUCCAGGUUAGGGGACAGUGUUGGUUCUCUGGAUGUGUAAACGUGGUUUCAUCCUUUAGUGUGGACAAGAAGACUUUAGUCUGUAGAGGCUUGAACCUUUGCAGGGCUGUAGCAUGAGACUUGGACAAAUUUUCACUUGCUAAGCAGUGAAAGAGAACCUUAAGUUGAGGCCCUACCUCUCCUGUCAGCCCUGGAGGAAAUACAAGUGUGGAGGAGAUUGGAGCUGAAUUUCCAAUCAAUGAAGAGGGGUAAGCAUUGUGCUCCAUUGAACCACGUUGCUCUGACUUCUGUGAAAACAUUUUCUUUCAGACCUGUUCUUGACUGGUGUCACGUAGAUCUGGUGAGAUGUAAAGCAUUCAGGAAAAGCUGCUUUUUGUCAUGGCAGCAGGAUAAUUCUGCCUUGCUAGCAACAAGUUCUUUUUGAGGCUGCAGGUGCAUAAUGCUGGAAGUCUUUGUUUUCCAGGUUUUUUGUCAGAGCUGAAUCUGUCCCUUUCAGUCAUCCCUGCUCUGCCAGACAUGAUUGUCUGCUGAGAAAAGGAAGAGAGUAGUGUCUGUAACACUUUGAGGACUGAGGCUGGUGGAUUAGAGAUGAGGAAUUCAUAAGGAAAGUACCGAAAGCCUUUGGCAAACUAGGCAAGAUGUGACGGGAAAUACACAUGCUCCUUUGUUUAUGUUUCUUCUUCUUUUUCUUCAGAGCAAAGAAACAUUCAGAAGAACCUGAAUUUUGAUCUGUAUUUGGGCACUAGAAGUCGAGUAGACAUUUCUCAUCCCUGGCUUGAGGCUGCAGCGUUCAGCGUAAGCCCAGGCAGACAGCAGCACAAGGCUGGUUGUGUUCCACACCUCUCACCUGGGAAGAGACAUCCCAGUCUGAGACAGACUAAUCUCUCCUGCCCUUCUCAGCUGUUCCAGGACACUGCCACUCAGUUCUCCGGUUUCUGCUUCCUGCAGCAGAAUAUUCUCUGCUCUAGGCUGCAGCACAACAAGUGUGUGGCUCACAGAGUCCCCAUCUUGGUUUGUCAGUGCUCCCUGCUGAGAAUCUCCCUUGCACCUUGAGGCUUGUGGUUUAGAAGGGAGAAGGAGCGAGAGUAUUGGCUUUCCUCAACAACACCCUCAGGAAGCAAAGGCAGCUGGUCCCUGCUCCACACACACUCCUUGUCAUCAGUAUUUACAAAAUAGGAACAAGAAUAGUGACUAUCCAGUGGAAAACCCAACAGCAUCAGCCUCCUGGCUGCUUCUUGUAUGGAUCCUGUGAACCCUUCCCUGGUCAAUGCACAUUUGUCAUCUCACACUGCAGAUUUCUCUCUUAGGCCUGAGGUAGGGGUGUGUCCCUCUUCAAGGAGCUCAAGUGAAAGUGUGAACGCUUGUGGUAGUUCAGCCCUGACCUUGGGGGAUCUCGAUCCAUCUGGUUUGGACUCCUUUCAGUCUCUUUUGCAAUCCUCACAGAUUUCUGCUAGCUUGUACUGUUCAAUCCAGAGGCUUAAGCAACAAAGUGCUUCGAUGGGGAUACGGGGCUCCCUCCCUCUGGAGCCCAGGUCUUCUCCAGUCAGUGGCCGUUUGCACUUAGCUGCUGAUGAUGCAGCUCCCGGUAUCCUGACCAUGGGAGAACAUCUAGCUGCAGCAAGGACCAGUGCAGCCCAGGCAAGAUUGAAGUGGGGUGUCCCCUUUGCUAAAGACUGGAGCCUUAGUGCAGUGGCAAGGGAAUUCAGUCAUGCAGAACCUCUCUCUGUCUCUCACAGAUAUGGAUACAUGGACUCAAACACAUGGAGAAUAAAAAUUUCAGGUGUCAUCCAACCACAAGCCCUUGCUUUUGGAGUGGGCUCUGGCAGGCUAGUGGAUACAGAAGCAGAAUCCUCCUACAGUUGGUCCCCCUAUUUCAGAGUGCAGCCCCCGGCGAAGCCAACUCUGGAAACUGCUAGUCUUUAUGUUCACACAAAAAGUCAUUCCCCAAAAGAGGUUCUUAAAGGAGAAGAGACAUCUAAUGGGGCAUCUCUGUGUGCUGAAUCUUGGAAGAAAGACCUUCCAGCCAGUCUGUAUCCAGAGGGUCUGCAGGUGUCACUGGAGACAGAUUUCAGGGGGGCUCAGAUGAACGUUGGUGUAGCCAUGUAUGGAACUCCAGGGGAAGUGUGUGUGAGGGUCGAUUCUCCUCCUGGAGAUAAAGAGUUUAGCCCAGGCCAGCAGCUUAGUGUUAAAUCUGUAGAAGUCAACAGCUCUGAACCUAGUGUUAAGUGCAUCAAAGAGUCAGAAGAUGUGUGUGACCCCAGAUCAGGAGCAGCCAGAAGGAUGGCUGUGGUGGGCAGCAGCCAGUCCAGCCCUUUGGGUACUCAGGGUGAAGAAGGCUUUGGUGAAUAUUCUCAUGUAGAUUGUACGAAUGUGAGCAGAGAAGAAACAAACAAAUACUCCUACCAAGGCAGCUGGAGGAAUUUGGAAGAUGAUGCCAGUCUCAACCAGUCUGGAGACCAUUCUGUGGAGAGGAAUGCCAAAGAACCACGGUGCUGUGAAGAAGGGAGCCAGACACAGGGAACUGUGUCCAGAGAGGUCUCUGAGAACAGCUUCUGGUCAUUGAAGGUGAAUGAACAAAGUUUCCAGCACUUGUGUGACAGAGAAAUCCUCAGAAGGUGUUUCCAGGCCUGGAGGAGACACGUCCUUUGGAAAAGGGCUGCAGCCAGGCAGCUCUACAGUGAGCAGCUGCUUCGGAAGGGCCUUGGUGCUCUGCAGUGGGCUGUGCACUGGAGGAGGACACAGCUGGAGGUGGCCCGGAGGAGACAUGCUAACACACUGCUGGCUGCCAGCUUCCACAGGUGGAAGGAAGCUGUGGCAAAACGGAGCAAGAAGGAAGCUCUGCAGCCUGAGCCAUAUUCUUAUACCCAAAGUUCAUCAGCAGGGGGUUUUGGAGUAGGAAGAUUAGCAACUAUGACAACCUCAGCUCAGCAUCAGCUUACAACAGGAUACUCAAAGGAAGCAGAGCAGGCUCGUAGGGUGGAGGGAGAGCUGUGGACACAGCUUCGUCAUAGUAAGAGAAAUGAGUUCUGCUGGAGAGCUGAAGCCAUCAGAGACAUGAGACGCCUGGCUGCAGCUUUCAGACUGUGGCGCCUGCAGAAGGAGGUGCUGAGCAAAGAGGAAACCAGGCUUUCGGAAGCCCGUGCCCUGCUGGAAAGGAAGAAGCUACGGAACCUUCUCUGGAUGUGGCGUUCCCGAUGCUUGGAAAUGAAACAGAUUUUAGCACUGACAACUCAAAUCCAAAGAGCCUCAACCUCCCGGUGCUUCAGUGCAUGGAAGGAGGCUGCUGAGCAGAAGGCACUUAACAGGUGCAACCUGGCCCGUCUCAGAGCAGUAUCACUGAGGAAGCACUUCCACCUGUGGGUUGAGAUGCUGCAGGUCAGAGAAGGUGAUAAGCAGGCAGUGGUGAACCUCUUCCUCCUACAAUGGCGGCAGCAUCAUGGAGCAGUUAUAAGCUCAGAAGCUGACAAGAGAGUGACAAAGAGGCCUGAAGAUCAGCCAUUGUGGACUGUGGAGAGGCAGUUUCUGGAGAAAACAGACUGCUCUUUUGAUGACUUCUGCCAAAAGCUGAAGCUGCAGAGGGUGUAUCUGCUGUGGAAAGCAAGGCUGUGCGAGCAUCACAAAGCUGAUUAUUUCUCUCAGACUUUGGAGCAGUGUAGACUCAGAAAAGCUCUGAAACUGUGGCACCAAAAGUACCUCACGCUGAAGACAAUUGAACAAAGUUCUGAGCACUCGCACAAAGCUGUUAAUGAGGAACCUCUUCCCAUGCUGUUUUCUGAGGACCUCUCAAUAUCAUCUGGCUUUGACAGCAGUGCUGCAGCUACUCUGAACUCUCAAAGCUCAUUGGAAAAGGAGUGCAGUCUCAGUGACAGCAGCCAGUACGGCUUCUCCCUUCUGAUCUCUGAGGAUGUCACACACCUGCCAUGUCACAGUUCUUUCCUGCAACUCCACCAGUGCACAGAGCUGCCAGCUGAGCUGGGUGGGGAGCUGUGCUUGCAGACCUCCUUUCCUCCACAGAGCACUGGAUCUGGAAGAAAUUGGUUUGUGGGAGAUGAGUUCCAGACUUUGGUGCUGCAGAGUCCAGAUAAUAACCAGCUUCUCACCAGUUACUCUGCAUGGGAAGAGGACUACAGUUCUGACAAGGAGGUGGAGAGUUGCUGGCAGCAGGCAGAGAAAUGCUGCCUGCAGAGGUACUUCAUUGUUUGGUCAGCUCGGACUCAACAGCUUGUAAAGGUCCAGCAGUACUUCAGGCACGUUCAGCUGUCUCGAGCCUUUCUCAGCUGGCACCACUGGGUCGUGGAAAAUAAGAACAGAAAAGCAGCAGCAGCCCUAAAACAUGGAGAUCAUUGCUGCCAGAUGGCUUUCAGCCUGUGGAAAAAGAGAAUGGCCCAGAAAGUGGAAGUUGACCGGAGAUUCAUGUGUCACGUGCACCAGAUCACUGCUGAUGCUCUGAAGCGUUGGCAUUCCUGCUGGCAAAGGAAUCGUGCUCUGAGGGAGCUGCAGCAGCAGUGGGCUCAGCACAGCUGCCAGGAGAAGAAGAGGCUGGUCCUGCAGACGUGGUAUUACCAAACAAUGAAGCAGAAAUAUGCUGCUUUAUUCUGGGAACGUCUUCUCCUGCACAGGUGCCUCAUCACCUGGGCCCAGGUCACUGCGUGUAGUCUGAGGCAGCACGAAGCCCUCUCUGAGUUUAAAAGGGUCAGAGAGCACCGUCUCUUACUUGUGAGCUUUACUGAGUGGAGGAGCAAACUCUUGAGAGCUAAACAGAGAGUACCAGGAGAGAGAAACCACAAGUGGCAGGCCCCCUCUCCAGGUAAAGCCUGUCACCGCUGGCGAGUGGCUGCACGAGGACAGCAAGCCCUGCGCCUGGGAUCUGUGGCCACUGUCAAACAGGCCUGCAACUACUGGACCAAAGCAGCUGCCUUUUCCCAGUGCUUACGGCAGCGCAGUACCCUCAUAGGGGCUAGGAAAAGCAGGAAGAUGGCUCUGUCCUGGCCCCUGAAAAGCAGAAGAGGCAGAGAAGAGGGUUCAGCACCAGCUGGACUUUUUCCCAGUGCCAUUCAGCGCUGGCUGGUGAUCUACAGAAACCAGCACAGGGCUGAAAGGCUGCGGCUCCCUCACCUGGUGGAGAGACCUGAUGUGGUGGGACCCUCUCAUGCCCAUGCAAGGAUCGAGGAGAACAAAGCCGAGGUGGACUUGGAGGAGUGGGAUGAGGAGCGUCUCGGGAGGAAAUACCUGAGGUGGUGGCAUCGCACAGUGGUCCUUUGCCGGCACCAGCGUGAAAGGAGACUGCUCUGUCUGGCAAGGGGGUGGCACCAGUGGAAGGAAGCCAGCAGGGUGGUGAUACUGGCUCAGGUGUUGGACCGGCAGCGGCUCAUAGAAAAGACCUGGAGGGUGUGGAGGCGAAGAUAUUUGCAAAGCUAUGUGGUACAGAAUUUUUUGGAGGAGGAAGCCAGGAGCCUCCUGUCCCAGGCCUUUGGAAGGUGGCAGCAGCUCACAGCAUUCCAGCUCAAGGACAAAGGACUCUGCUGAAUGGAAGGGGACUGCCUGCAGCUGCUGCUCAUUUCAGGACACAUCGAGGAUGUGGCUCCUGUCACAACAAAGAGUUGGUCCUGUGCAGUCGAGAAAGAGAACACUGCUCUUGUGAUAAAAGCAGCGCUGCAGGCCAGGAGGGUGACAGCCAAAGGACAACCAGGAAGAGAUGGUAUACCUAGUCAAAGGUCCUCUUUAAAGGACUUGUAUCCUACCUCCUUAGCAGCACAAAUGGAGAAGUUACUCCCCAUUGUUGUGAGGUUGCACUCCCUUCUCCUCUGGACCCUGCUUUUGCUGCAGUUCUGAUUAAAGGUCAAAAAA